GUCCAGUACACUCCUCCCUGGCAGCCCUCACUCUCCAGAUUAUUCUUUCAAAUGUCCUUAGGCACUCGGCCUUGCACACCUUAUACAACUAAUACCACGGUUUUGCUCCGCGCCCUGACAUAUUAACGACUCAACCCCAUCAUCUACCAUCUCCCCCACGACUUGAUCUCUUAUGAGCCGCCAGAGCCCGCAAUUGUGCCUCGGCUCCACACCCAAGCCUAACCCCUACGGCAGAAACAACCUCUCCAGGAGUCUCACUGUGCUCUGAGCUUAUGGGUCGAUCAAGUAAGUACAAGGUGCGCUUUGCCUCGUCAGCGACGCCGUACCCUGCGUUGCCUCGGAAGCCGCGCGGCAGGAUUCCACAAAUCGACGAGCAGCCAGCUCAAACAUCUCGCAGCCGUCUAGCAUGCCAUGGCUGUCGCAUCCGGCACAUCAAGUGCGACGAGAGAUUUCCCGUGUGUACACAAUGCAGGGCAAAAGGUCUGGUGUGUAUGCCCAGAGGCCGUCCAACCCAGUGGCGGAUCGAAACUCCCUGGCUUCGGUCCCGCUCCUUGCUCGCCAUGCCGGCACUGAACCCAAGGCUGCUGCAGUACUGGCUGGAAAAUGCGAGCCACAUGAUGACGCUGGACCUCGACAACAACCCCAUGUCCUUUCCUAUCGUAGGACAGCUACUGGAAUCCGAAUCUCUGGUACAUGUCCUACAGAGCGUCAGCGCGGCCUAUGAAGUAUUCUAUGACCCUCCUAGCAUCCACGAAUCCCUGGUAGAAAGGUCCAAAGCUCUACAAACUCUCGGCCAGGAGCUUCGAGCCCAGACAACGAUCCGCCCUCAGACCUUUCUCGCCGUCUACAUGCUCGGCGUGUCAUCGCCAUGGAUUGACUACAGUCCCAGCGCUUUCGGCCAAGAGCACCUCCUGGCGGCCAGAAGCAUUCUUGAUGAACUGUUACGGCAGCAAGAUUUCGUGGACCAUCCCUACCGAUCCUUCAUAAUAGCAGCUUUCAUCUGGUGGGACAUGUCGUGUUCGCUGCUGGUCAGCCCUGACGAACAAAAACCCCUGGAUACGCCCGAGAUCGACGCUGCUGUGACUUCUCUUCAGGGCCGAUUCUGCGCCAUACUCAGCCAUGCGAUCGAACUGGUUUACGAGCUUGGCCGUCUAGGCCGUUACUGCCGAAUGGUCUGCGACCUCCAAAUCCGGGAUCUGGCGCUCGAAGACGCCUUUGAGUCACGACUUCUGGCCUGGGAACAUUCGAGUCAAGUUGAACCUCUGAGGACACUGAAUGAGACCUUCCGACUACACGGACUGGUUAUGCUCUAUAGGCUGUGUAAUCGAACCAGCCCGGUCGCAGAAACAGAAGACUAUAUUCGCGAGUGCAUCCUCUCGAUGCUCCAGAACAUCUCUCAGAUCAGAACCCAUAGCCCGGUUUUUAAGUUCAUCCAUAUCCCUUUACUCAACGCAGCAGCAGAAUUGACUGCCGAAGAUGAGUCUUUACGCAAACAGGUUCUGGAUUGGUGUGCGGUCUUAUAUUCCACCAACCGUUCUCCCAUAAACACUUGGACCGUCGAGCUACUGCAGAGUCAUUGGGGGCUGAAAGAUGCGGGAGACCGAAGCUCAUGGCUACAUCUGAUGCUGCAAAAAGGUUGGCGUCUAAACUUAGGCUGAGCCACAGCGCGAACAGUACUAACAACGUGGCUUAUGUUACUUCAAACUAUUUACUGUAAAGUAUUCCUGAACAAAGGGACGCGGCCGCAGUCUUGAAACGGA